AAUGGCUUCAUCCCCUGUGACUGCUCCACAGGUCAACACCACUUCUCCUUCACCGUCGUCCUCUCCUCCAUCUCCCCCUUCUCCUUCUGCUCCUCCUCCUCAAUCCCCGCCCCCGCCCGCUUCUUCACCGCCACCUCCCGCCGCCGCCUCUCUCCUCCUAAAGAAUCCCCUUCCCCUCCUCCUUCUUCUUCUUCCCCUCCUCCUCCUCCUCCUAAAGAAUCCCCGACUCCACCUUCUUCUUCUUCUCCUUCUCCUCCUCCCCCUAAGUCCUCCUCUCCGCCAGAGAACAGCGAUAACAAUAACAAUGACAAUAAUGAUAAUGAUUAUGAUAGUGGUGAUGAUGGUUCUUCUUCUUCUUCGUCUUCUCCUUCGAAGUCCUCCCCUCCUGUUCCUCCUUCGCGUUCAGAUGCCAGAAGCGAAUCUUCUCCAAAGGCACUCUCUCCGCCCAAAAGUUCGUCAAAUGGGGAUAAUGAUAAUGAUAGCUCCAAUUCUAACUCUGGUGAUGGGAGCUCACAUGUGAAUUUGCCUAUCAUCAUUGGUGUUGCUGCUGCUCUUGGAUUGUUUGUCAUUCUUCUCUUUAUUGCUUCACUCUGUCGUCGUACCAAGAAAAGGAAGAAGCAUCAUAAUUCUCUGCACUACUAUGAUUCUUCAGCCAAAGGCGGGAGUUACUACAGCAGCGGACCACCUCCGAAGUGGCAAAACGGGCAAGACCACAUUGUUAAGCUCCCUCCGCCUCCGGGCGCACAAGGAGGCGGUUGGCAACAACCUCAGUCAGUGACGAGUGGUGAAGUGAGCUCCGCAUUCUCUGGUCCCCAUGGUCCUCCAUUGCCUCCCCCUUCUCCAACCAUUGCCUUAGGCUUCAACAAAAGCACCUUCUCCUUCGAUGAACUAGCUGCUGCUACUAGUAGCUUCUCUCAGGACAACCUUUUAGGACAAGGCGGCUUUGGAUACGUGCACAAAGGUGUCCUUCCUAACGGCAAAGAGAUUGCGGUGAAACAACUCAAAUCAGGCAGUGGACAAGGGGAGAGGGAGUUCCGAGCAGAGGUUGACAUCAUUAGCCGGGUUCAUCAUCGACAUCUUGUGUCUCUUGUCGGUUAUUGCAUUGCCGGAAAUCAAAGGAUGCUUGUUUAUGAAUAUGUGCCGAACAAGACACUCGAACAUCACCUCCAUGGUCAAGAUCUUCCGGUUAUGGACUGGCCUACAAGAGUUAAGAUUGCUUUAGGAUCAGCUAAAGGCCUUGCUUACCUCCAUGAAGAUUGUCACCCUCGAAUUAUUCAUCGUGACAUCAAGUCGGCAAAUAUUCUACUUGAUUAUAAAUUCGAAGCCAUGGUUGCAGACUUUGGAUUGGCUAAGUUGUCUUCUGACAAUCACACACAUGUUUCGACUCGAGUCAUGGGAACAUUCGGGUAUUUGGCUCCUGAAUAUGCAUCAAGUGGCAAAUUAACCGAGAAAUCCGAUGUCUUCUCAUUUGGAAUUAUGCUUCUCGAACUGAUCACUGGACGCCGACCUGUUGAUACUUCGAACACAGCUAUGGAAGACAGUUUGGUUGAUUGGGCAAGGCCGAUAAUGACACAAGCUUUAACUGAUGGUAAUUUUGAGGAGCUUGUGGAUCCCCGACUUGAAAACAACUUCAACACGAUGGAGAUGACUCGAGUUGUAGCCUGUGCUGCAGCCAGUGUUCGCCAUUCUGCAAGGCGACGCCCGAAAAUGAGCCAGAUUGUUCGUGCAUUGGAAGGCGAUUCAUCGCUUGAUGACUUAACUGAUGGAGUGAAGCCGGGGCAAAGCACAUACUUCAGCUCGGGCUCUGAGUACGACUCAGGCUCGUAUGCAUCAAAUAUGAACCGAUUCCGUAAAAUGGCACUCGAAAGCAAUGCAUAUAGCGAUGAAUACAGCGGAAUAACAAGUGAAUACGGCCUCAAUCCAUCGUCAUCAAGCAGUGAAGGUUUCUCAAGCGAACUGAAUCCGGCCGGCCCACCGAGACACCGUCCUCAACCUUCACACUGAAAAGAAAACUUAAAUAAGUAUUCUCAUCAGUUUCAAAUGCAGAAUUACAGAGAACGGAAAAUUUUUCGGUUAAAUUCUGUCUAACUGUUUGUGUUCUUGUUUGUUGUUGAGUUAAUGGCAUUAUAAUUUAAUUGAUGUUUUACAAGCAAGUUUCUCCAAAUAUAUAUAUAUGGAGUCAUGUAUUAUUGUGUUUUUCUUUUAAACUCUAUCAACAGUGCUUAUAUUGAUGUAAAUUUAUU